CGCGAGCGCAACUCAUUCGCCUUAACUCCAUGUGUAGGUAUAUAUGUACAUGAGCAGUUGGUACUGCUGCUGCUGCUGCUGCUGCUGCUGUUGAUUGGGAUGUGCGUCCACGUCAGCGAUCCGUGAUCAAAUCAAUCAAUCAACAGGUCCAGGGCAUGCCGAUGCCAAGGCUGACCCCUCUGAAGGGGUCUCGAGAGUUGGCGCGAGCGAAAUCCGUUGGGCUGGAUGUGUUUGACUUCGACGAGAAUGAAGAGCACUGCGAUCCCGAUGCCCGAGAGGCGCGAAACUCCCAAGCAGCAGCACACAGUGCACCGAGAAAGUCGAAGAAGCGUUUGUCUGUGGUACUCAAGAAGUCGGGGGAAGGUAAGGCUGCUGCUGCUGCUGCUGCGGCGGCGGCGGCGGCAGCGGCAGCGGCAGCGGUGCCCGCCCCCACCCCUCCAGGGAAAAGUGUCGCACUGCCGCGAGCUCAUAGGUCCCGACGCCCGGCGGGAAGUGGGGACGAUAACUUGGUCGCGACACCGAUCGGAGCACCAAGUCUGAGAGGAGGAUCAGAUCGGGAGGAGCACGCGAAGGGAGGACCGCAGAGAGAGGAAAAAGAGGAGGGCGAUGACCCGAAGGGUCCAUGUCAUGGUGGUGCAGUGCGACGCAGCCGUCGCACACCGAAGCGCAAGUCGACUGGCAAUCUGCAUGCGGCGACUGCUGCGGACUGGACGGCAGGGGAAGAGAAAGGAGGAGAAAAUGGGAAAGAAGGGGAGCAGCGCGGGGGAAGAAAUGAAGCCGACGGAGAGGCUCCUGGUAGUGAACGUAUCUCCUCACAGGGAGGAGCUCGCAUUCGCCGACAGGAAGAAGAAGACGCCGCACCCACAGGAAAUAUUAAGAAGAACCCCCGUGCAAGAAGCAAGGUAGGCGGAUAUGGUGAAAGAUUGCCGACGGUGAUUCGCAGCGAGGAGGAGGUGGCCGCCGAUGGUCUGGCUUCAAUCUUCCAACGAUCCCCGACUAGAUUUGCUGACGUGGUCUCCCAUCAAGAGAGCGAUCAUCGGCGCGAUAGCUACGAUGACGUGACAGAACAACCUUCGGCGAAGUUGCAAGAGGAGGCGAUGGGCUACCUGAACGUGCUGUGUGCGGCUGUCCAGCUCGCGGAAACCGACCAGGUGGCGACGGCGGCAAACACAUCGCCCAGGGAUCGGGAUCGGGAGCGGGAUGGAGGUGGAGAGAGGCAGAGCAGUGUGGUGGGGAUGGGAGGAGCCGACGAUGGCGGUCGGGCAGCAGAUGCGAUGUCGCACAAGAAAGAUGGACGUCGCACAAGCACAGGCAGAGGCGGCACGGAGCGGCGGCGGACGCCAUGGGAGGCAGGUGAUCGACAUAGCGGGGAGAGAGACAUCGCAAGCCGAGGCGAAACGGGAGAAUGCGGCGGAUGCGUAUCGGCCGGAGGAACAGUAGUGCGGUUGACUGCUAACUCUAAUAAGGAGGAGGUUAGAGCGCCACGUGAUGCCGAGGGACAGAAACUUUUGCCCGAAGAUGUCAGGGAAGGAGGAGAGGACGAGCGGCGGCUGUCGCCCGAGGCAACAGGUCCCGUCGUAGGCAGUGGCUGUGACGGAAGCACGCCGAGGGAGGCCAGCGGCACAGAGAACGCCGCCAAUCAGAGCCCAAUUCCGAGCUCUGGUUCGGGCAUGAGGGUAAGUAGCGCAGAGAAAGGAGGAAAUAGGGAGGAGGAGCUUUUGGAGAGGGAGGAGGAGGUAGUGGCGCGUGGGCAAGCUCAGGAUCAGGAAUGGGAGGAACUGUCCGACGAUGAUCUGCGAGCUUGGGGCAUCAAGACGUACGGAGGGGAGUCGUCAGAUGAACGGAGCAGCGGAGGUGAUGCGUGGAACGAGGACGGUUCUGAACGACGGCAGACCAUAACCUUAUCCGGAAAAGCGCUUCAAAUGACGGGUGCGAGCCAGGUGGAAGGGCGGGCGGCUAGGCAAGAGGAGCAGGGAGAGAGGGGAGGAGGAGGAAGAACUGAUCGUGAAGAAGACGAGAUGCAGCAGGAGGAGAAUGGGAAGGAGGAGGAGGAGGAGGAGCAGGUUAAUGCCAGCAAUGGACACGUGUUUAACGCCGAGGAUGCCGUGGAGAUUGGUGGGAGGGGGGCAGAGGAGGACGCCAUUGAUGCGAUUCAGCACGCGGUAAAGAAUAUGGUGACUGUGGAGAUUGGGAGGGGGGGGGCAGAGGAGGAGCUGAUUGUGGGGAUGAAGAAGGAUCAAGAAGGUGACUGUGAGGAACGGCGAGUGGAAGACCGAGGGGUAAGUGAUCUUUGCAUGACAGCUAUGGCGGCCCAGAACAGCAGCGAGGAAGAGGACGUGCACAUGAUGGCCAUGGAUGUUGACGAAAAUGCUGAGCGGCACGAGGAGAAGCCCACCUUGAUGGGGAAGGAAGAGGAGGAGGAGGAGGAGGAGGAGAAAUUGAAUCGCAAUGACGGAACAGAGGGGAACGAGGAGAAAGAGAACGGGAGGGCAAAGAAGGAAAAUCGCAAGGGCGAGGAAAAGUGUAGGGAGAAGGAGAAGGGAGGGGUGAUGGAGGACGAAAACGAACACCGCGUGGAGGAAACGGUUAUGCUCACAGAAAAUUUUGGCGAGAGGAUGAAUGGAAGGGAAGAGGAGGAGGAGGAGGAGGGAAGGGAGGGAAGAGGGAAUGUGGAAACCGACGAGGAAAGCAUCGUGAAGACGGAUGAGCAGAAGAACGAGGAGAGGAAGGAGAGAGACGAUGAGGAGGAGGAGGAGGAGGAGGAGGAGAGCGGGAAUGGGGUAAGGGACGAGGAGACGAAAGAGGAGAGGAAGGAGAGGGAAGUUGAGAAGAAGAAGGAAGGGAAAGAGGAACGCGGGCAGGGGGAGGAGGAGGAGGCGGCUCUGAGGAAAGGCCUGCCGGCGCUUGCGCGCAGUGGAUCUAAAGGGAAAGGCAAACGGAAUCAAGCGGGGCAUAGACGAAAUGACAGCGUUUGUGAAGUGUAUAAGCAAAGCCGAGAUGAAGACGAAGGUGACAGGGCGGCGGGGGAUGUAAGUGAGAGCGAACCCCAUGAAGGUGGAGGUUCAAGGAAGAAGAACCCAAAGCAAGUCUCGGUACGUGGGACCCAGAAGACACACGCCGUUGGAUUUGACCUAGAAGAUAGGAGCAGGAGGAGGCCUUCGAGGUCUGAAAGCGGGCAAAGUCCAGUGCAACUCGAAAAGGAGAAACGUAAGCGCAAGAUUCGCAGGGGUAAGAGAAGAGACAAAUCAAAGGGCGAGGAGAGGGAAAGCGGGCAAAGACUAGUUCAACUCGAUGAGGAGAGUAAGGGCAAGACGGCCAGGGGUAGUAGUAAAAGAAGAGAGAAAUCCAAGGACCAGGAGAAUGGAGGGAGGAGAAAAUUAGGUCAAUUACGAAAAGAUUGCACGGUCACCUUGGAUGCAUCUGACGGCAUUAACGAUGAGGAGGAAGAAGGGAAGGAGGAGGAAGUGGGAAGGGAGGAGGAAGUAGCUAGGGAGGAGGAAGAAGCUAGGGAGGAGGAAGAAGCUAGGGAGGAGGAGGAAGAAAGGAGGGAGGAGGAAGGUGGGGAGAGGAGUGUGGGAGAAGGAGAAAAAGAAGAGGGAAUUGCGGGAAGAGGCAAGGGUGUGGCAGAAGUCGAGAGCAGCGAUAUAAGGUCAUGUGAAAAGCGCACAAAAGAAAUCGAGCGCGUUGAGACAGCUGUAAUGCAGAGCGAGGGGGAUGAGGAAGACGAGUGCAGGAGGGAAGAGAGAGGAGGUGGUAUGGUGGUGAGGAGGAAAGAUGGAAAGGAAGGAAGUGAUAGAGCAGGAGGAGGAGGAGGAGGAGAGGAAGGAGGAGGCAAGGAGGCUGUGAAGGGCAAGGAAAGUCGGCCAAAAUCGCGGGAAAAAGUGCGCGUGAAUCAGAGGGUCGAGACGGCUGCAGAUGGCAACAACAGCCAAGAUGAAGGCCAAGCGAAAGAGGGAGGAGGAGGCAAGGGUGCGGGAAAGGGGGUCAAAGAAGGGAGAGGGAAAGCUGAAAAGAAGAAGGGUAGGAGGAGGACAGGGGAGCAAUCACGUCAAAUGCAGGCAAACGGGACGGCGGCUGAGAUGGAGAGAGCGGCGCCGAACGGCGAGGCUGAAAAUGAAGACAAGAGGGAAGAUGAGGGGGGAGCGGGGGGCAGGAAACUGAGGAGGAAAAAACAGAGUAAGGGGGAGAAGGAUAAUGCGGAAGGCGAGGGCGAAAGGGAGAGUCCACCCUGUGAAUUGCCUACGAGAGGGGGUUCGGCCGAAUGGCAGGGAAAUCGGAUGGCUGAGACGUUGGCAUUGUCUGACGAUGGUGAGAUGGAGUACUGGGAGGCAGAAGGAAGAAGAGGGCAGCAGGCUGUGACAAGCAAGCAGGGAGAGGAAGAGAGGAGGGAGGUGAUGAAAGAAGCUGCAGCUAUGGCGGCAGAAGCAGAGAAACAAAGUUAUUGGCGGGAUGCAGAAUUGGUAGAGUAUGCGGAUGAAGACCAGUUGCUUCCCUUUCGUCUGGAAGGGUUCACGGAGAUGGAGUUGAUGAAUAUGGUGGGUGGGUUAGAUGAGAGCGGGGAGCUCGAUCGGUGCUCCAAGCUCAAGCUGGCAGCCUACAGGGAAACAAGACAACGGCUGUUUCAUGUGGACAUUCCACCUCUGUCCUUCUACAUGGAGGCUCGGCGUCUGCUCCUCGAGUAUGCGAAGGACUUCGAGAUGGAACACAACAUUGACAGGUUUCUGAGUUUGCCUUGGCCAGUGCAUCCAAAGGACACAUUGUAUGGGCAGCAUUUGCAAAAAUUUGUCCCUGAAUUGCUGGUGAGGAGCAGGAAAGAGGAUGGCGUAAGAUUGAUCUGGGAGGUGGUCACGAGAAGCCUGCAACGACUAUCUGAAUUUUUCGGUCAUCGACGCCCAGGACCAACCAAAAAAAGGAAAGUACAGGAGAAAGCAGAGAAUCUGAAUGGCGCUGAUGCAGAGAAAGGACGGUCUGAUGAGGAUGUGGGGAAAGAGAUGGAUGGUGCGGCACAGGAACUUCAUACAUCUGCAGACGAUGUGCAAUCAAGAAGGAAAAGGAGGCGGCUAAGUAAUGGUGGUAAGGCAGAGAAAGGACGUUGUAGCCAGGGGGCAGAGAAGGAGGUGCAUGGUGAGGCCCAAAAACUUCAAACCAACCUUCCCGAUACCAGGUCUAAAAGGAGGCGGACGGGUACAAGUCAUGUUCAUGCUGCCCUCUCAUCAGACAUGGAAAUCCUUAAUUGUGACAGGGCAGGGGAAGGAGAGUCCGGUAAGAGGCCAGCGCAAGAGAUGGAUACAGAGGCCCAAGAACUUCAUACACCCUGGAAUGAGGAGCAGGAAACUGAGUGUGCGAGGUACAACAAGAUCUGGAAUUGUAAAAAGCGCAAGACCCAGCAAAAGAGGCGCUUUGCGCUCGAAGGUCUGCCUGCAGAGAACGAUCGGUGUGAAUGGAUUGUUGAAAGUGUUUUGCGAGUGAGCUCCCAUGUUGAGGGCUUCAUAGCUCACAGCAUGGAGCAGGAGAGGCUACGAGACACUCGAGACUCUGGCUCUGAGGCAGUUUGUGAUCGCGGUGAUGAGGAACAGGAGAAUUAUAAUCAAGAGAAUAACUGUCAAGCAGAUCAAACUUCCGAAGCUGGGAAUCCUCUCAAUGGUGUGCUGCAUAAUCAUCAUAAGCAUGCUACCAAGAGUGCAGCAGCUAUGCCAGGUGAUGCCGCCCAGGUUUCUGACAGAUGGGUGCCAGAUCUGUCUCAUGAUGGUGGGCCUGAUGGUGGACCCCAGAGUGCUGCAUGCAGCCACUGCGUUGAUGAUGUUGUAACUCGGGUUGCGGAUGAAGGAGCGUCUUUGAUGUAUGUACUGGCGGGACGAUUGUUGGAUAUGCGUGCCAAUGGGCUUUACCUGUCCUAUUCACGAAGGUGCUUUCUAAUGACAGGGCUGGGCAACUCAGAUGACGAAGGUGAAGAUCCUCCCAAAUAUGAAGAAGAUUGUGCCCAGACUGAUCGUCCUUUCGUCAAGCUCCUCGAUGAAAUGGGUCUUCCUGACUGGUAAGCUCUACUUUGAAUUCUCCACCUCCAUGGGUAUUCUAUUUUUUGAUACUGCCUAAUCUCAUGAAACCACCAGCGCAAGACCCCAUCU